CCACAGCGGAAGUACGUCUUACGGCUAGCGGCUAGCGACAGUUGGGACUGCUCUAGUACUAAGCUAGUGUGGGGACCUAAGGUGCUCUUUGUUCGUUUGCUUGCCAGGGUUAUAAGCUUCCCACCAAUCAAAGUACGACCCAACCUCCCUUAAUUUUUCUCCCGGACAACGAGCACAACGAGCACAACGAGCUCCCCAGCGAACUUUCAGACAUCCCACUAAACAAGACCAUGCGCCAUUCGUAACCGCAACUUUCUUCCACCAUCCUUUGCGAUUGUUAAUUUUUUGCGAAAUAACGCAUUCUCUCAUUUAAACUAAACAGAACCAUACUACACCUCUUUCCGAUCGCUCGUUGACUCGAGUCUAAUCUUCGGAUCAUCUCGGUUGUAGUCUGAAUCCACAUUCCUUCUUUGGGCGCCGUCCGACCGGUAAUACCGCUUCUUAAGCAAAACCGGAUAACAUUUCCUACUUGUCAGUCGAUAUGGCGGAAGAAUAUAACGAGGGAGCGGUCGAGGAGCCCCAGGCAAACCCUGGCGCUGAUGUCGAGAUGGGUGAAGGCGAAGAGGCUGAGGGCGCUGGCAGAAAUGGUGCUGGAGAGCUGCCUUUCGGCGAGGGUGGUGAUAUCGAGCCUCGUGUUAAUUUUAUUAGUUAUUUGACUAGCCCUGUUGUCACCUUGCUCGUUGGUAGUGGUGAAGCUGAAAGCAUUCUCACUGCGCAUCAAGCGCUUCUUACCCAGAGUCCAUUCUUCGCGGAAGCCUGCGCCGCCUUCGCCGACGAUGGAAGCCCUCGAUCUGUAGACCUUGCGACCGAAGAACUUGACCCCGUAGGUUGUUUCUUGGAAUACCUCUACACUGGCGACUAUUUCCCUAAGAAGAUACCUGGGCAACGAACUCUCGAACAAGAUCCAUCGAUACCCACCAUCGAUGAGACCGGUGAACAGCUUUUGAAGCAUGCGCGCGUCUAUACUCUAGCUGAAAAGUUUGGAGUCGAGAAGCUGAAGAACCUUGCGAGCAGCAAGAUCCACUGCGUCAAUUCGACAGCGAAGGGCGAAAUCACCUACGCUCGUUACAUCUACCAAUACACCAACAAGGACGACACAUCCGUGCGCGCUCCUGUUGCCAACUUCUGGGCUACUCGAAGCCAUACCUUGCGUUCGGAAGCUGAAGAGGAAUUCCGUUCGCUCUGCUUGGAGUUCCCCCAAUUCGGAUACGAUGUCCUUACUCGUGUGUUGGACGAGAAGCUCAAGCGAGAGCGCAACGAGAAAAUGCACCCAGCGGCUGGAAGCGUUCGCAAGCGAGCGCGUCACAGCAACGCAUAGUUCCAUUCUCACUCUCGACUAUGACUCGCAAUCUUAUGCUCCGAUUAAGAUCGGGCCAGAAUUUACCCAAAAUACAUCAUCACGCUCGGUCGCAUCAAUGUGUGCGACAUCUUUGUACUACCACCAUAGCUGGGGGAUCGAUCAAGGCGUGGAGGCUUCCUCUACCUAUAUACUCGGAAAUAGGGCCUGGAAAGGAUAUCGUGCUUGGGUUUACCGCAAAAAGUGUACAUUAGCAAGCGUAAAAGUCGUCCUGCCUGGAUGCUUAAUUUGAUUUGUGUUCUGCUUUUAUCUUUUCCUUAGAAUUUGGUUCUAUUUGGUGUGUAAACCUCAGCUUUAGCCGAUGAAAUAAUCAUCCUAGACAAGCUUGAGAUUGCGUGACGAGGAUGGUGCCGUAAUUCAACUACAACUACGUCAUCAUCGAUUGCAGCAUGGUGAACAUUGGAUGUCAUGAAGUAAUGGUUG